AUGAGAGUGCCUGAGGGAUUCAACCAUGACAAAGGCAAAUUACUGAAACUGAAUUGUCCCCUUUAUGGCCUCAAGCAAGCGGCUCAUGUGUGCAACAAGACGAUCAACGACGUCCUACUGAAAAUUGAGCUCAAACCUUCAGCGAUUGAUUCAUGCAUCUAUCGGUCAAAACCAUUGAAGAAGUGGAUUAAAUCAAAUCAAAAAUCACUCAACGAUUUUGUAUCAAAGAUUUGGGUCUACGGAAAUAAAUCAUGCAAUAAACAAGAAGACGCUAACCAUAUCACAGAGCCACUACAUCGAGGAAGUAGCCAAGCGUUUCAAUCAAUCAAAUGCACGACCAACCCAGAACCCUUGUGA